AUGUCAAGAAGGAUUUUUUAUAACACAUACUAUUUAUUUGUAAUUUUAACUUAUUUUACUUCUUUAACUAAAUCAAAUUUUCAUCAUACUGAUCCAUCACAAGCAGAAGUAGAAUAUGUUGAUUGGGUAACUGGUGUUCAGGUAGUUUUUUGUAGGGAUACAUUUGUUACUCAGGCAGAUAUAGAAAAUAAUUUUAAAAAAGCAAUAGUUAAUGUUAUCAAUAAACAUUGUCGUAAUAGUACAGCUUGUGGUUUAAAGAAACCUGUUUCAUUUACUCCACAAAAUAUAAUUUUUAUGGAAGGUUUUCCUAGAAGAGAAUAUGAAGCUAUAAAUUUUCGUUUCCUUAUUGUACUUCCAACAGAAUCAAUACCGAUGAAAAAAAUAUCAAAACCUUUACUUCACAAACAAUAUUCUUCUGAUGCAUUUAAAAAAUUUUUAGUUGAAGAGAUCACAAAUAAGUUAGGAUGGCACGUAUUAUAUUUUGAAAAAUAUCCGAAAUAUGAUAGGAUUACUGAAUUUAUGAAUAUUGCAUUGAUACCAAUAGCAUUAACUGCAGGCUUGUUAAUGAUAUGUUUAGCAUAUUGGUCAACUUGUUUAAAUUCAAUUGCAUUUAAUAAUGGAGAUUGGAUAGUUAGUGGAGCAAGUGGAGGAAAAAAUGCAGCAUUACGUAGAACUAUGGAAAUUAUUAGUGAACAAGAAGCAUUCUUUAAUCAAUAUUUAAAAGAAAAACAAUACAAUGAAAAUUUUAGUAAUAAAGAUAUAGAUGAUAAAAAGAAAAAUAAUCAAAUAAUGACUAUAACUAAUAUAUCACAAUUUUCUAAAGGAAAAGAAAAAAAAGAUAGUCUUGGUGUCAAAAAUUUUCCAGGAAAUGAAUGCUACGAGAUGCAAGAAAGGAGUAAUGAGGAUAAAUAUCUAUCAAAUGAAAAUGUAUAUGACAAAAAUGAAGAAUGUGUGGAUAAAAAAAUUUCUAAAGAUAAAAAUAACAACAAAGAUAUUAUUAUAACAAUAUCACAUAGGGAUAGUGAUAGUUCAUCAUUAACUCAAGAACAAGAAGCACAAUUACUUGCUAAAAUUAGUGAAAGAGAUAAACGUAGAGCUUCAGUAUUAAACUUAAAUUCAGAUGUUAUGAAAGAAAUAAAGAAAAUGAAACGCCAUCAUCCUAAAAGAAAUAGUAUUUUUUCAUUACCAUCACCUAAAAGAAAAUCAAUUUGUUCUCCUGGUAAAAAACAAUGGAAAACAGGAAGUAUAAUGUUUAACUUUAUGGGAAAAAAAUAA